AUGGAUUUGACUGCCCUCCCUGAAGUGUACCAGGAUUCCCUUAGCUCUAUGGCACGGGCCAAAGAUAAGGAAGCGGCUAGGGGACCUGACCCGAAAGAGAAGUAUCCGGAGUAUGUCCUAGAGGAGCCCACACCUAGGCAGACUUAUGCGUAUGAGCGCUUCAUUGUCUGCUUCGCUGAACAGUUCUCUCCGAAAACCUCACAACUUCAAGAUCCAAAAAGGAAGUUUUGUGUUCUUUCAAAAAACCCCUUGAACGAUCCUUACUUGCUAAAUUCCUUGAAGAAAAUUGUCGAUCAGGGUUUUGGAUGGUUUUGCUGUUUUUGGGGGAUUUUGAAGAAGGGUUUCAGCCUUGAUGCUGUGACUUUUACUUGUUUGAUUAAAGGUCUGUGUGUAGAGAAAAGGAUUAUGGUGUCAAGGGAGUUGUUUAAGAAAAUGGUUGCUGUUGAUUGUAGGCCCGAUGUGAUCACUUAUAUCACUCUCAUUCAUGGUUUGUGUUGUGUGGGUGAUUGGGAGGAGGGUAAAAGAUUAUUUAUAUUGAUGAUGGAUCAAGGUGUGCGGCCUUUCGUGGUGACUUUUGGUGUGGUCAUACAUGAAUGUUGCAAGAAAGGGAAUUUGGACGAAACAAAUAGGUUUAUGGAAUUGAUGAUUCAAAGAGGUGUUGAUCCCGACAUUUAUACUUAUGGCAUUUUAAUGAAUGGUUAUUGCUUGGUAGAUAGAAUUGGUGAUGCAAGGGGGUUGUUUGAUUCUAUAACUAGAAAGGGAUAUAAACCUAAUGUUGUUUGCUAUAAUACUUUAAUCAAUUGGUAUUGCAAGAAUAAAGAAGUCAACAAAGCUCUUAGUCUUUAUCGAGAGAUGAUUUCAGAGGAAUUAGGCUUGAUGUGA